AUGACGACACAAGCAUGCCCCGAGCAGUGCGCCAACGACCCGGAUUGGAAGAGUCAAGUGCGCCGGAUGACCCACUCUCUUCACGUCGAGCCAACGAAAGAUGAAGAAAGGAAGUCGGAGGAACAACAUGACACACCGACUUCCUCCGCGUUUUUGGCAUGCGAGUGCAAACGCCGUCGAAGCAACGGUCGAUUUUUUCAGGCCGUCGACAUUUGA